AUGGCGACAGCCCCAGAGGACAACCAGGCCCCAGUCGCCUCAGAGGACCUCAAGUCGCGUGUCAAAGACUCAUACGACGCUAUCGCCCCAGCCUACAAUGACUGGACCAUCCAGCAGUCGGGGUUUCGUAUCGAGUAUCUUGAGAAGCUCAUGGAGAGACUCCUUACCGCGAAGCCGCUGUCCGGCCAGAUGUCGCUCAUCCUCGAGCUAGGCUGCGGCUGCGGCCUCCCUGUCACCGAGAGGCUUCUGGCGGUGCCGGACGUCUUCGUCACCGCCAAUGAUCUGUCGAGCACCCAGAUCAAGCUGGCCAGGGAAAACCUCGCCAAGCACGGCACCGACCGCGUCACCUUCGUCGAGGGGGACAUGAUGGGUCUCGAAUUCUCCGAGGGCUCCUUCGACGCCAUUAUCGGCAUGUACAGUAUCAUCCACCUGCCCCGUGACGAGCAGACUGAGAUGAUUCGUCGCGUCACAAAGUGGCUGAAGCCCGGUGGCCUGUUACUUGUCAACUUUGCCGCCGAGGAUUUGCCUGGUCUGGUCAACGACAAAUGGCUCCAUGACAAGGGUUGGAUGUACUGGAGCGGCUGGGGGACCGAGGGUACUCUGAACCAGCUCAAGGAGGCUGGCUUGGAAGUCAUUAUAAGAGACGAGAUCAACGACGAGAAGGAUGCCAAGUUCCUGUGGGUUCUGGCGAAGAAAUAG